AUGGAGGGAAGGGGCGGAGCAAACGGGGAAAUCAAGGGGGAGAGGGAGGGGGCCGAGCGAGGGGAGGAAGCUAGAGGGAUUGCAGGGAGCGAGGCGAGAAAGAGAGGGGAGGGAAUGGAUGAGGGAAGAAGAGAUGGGAAUGAGGGAGGGAUAAAACAAGGGAAAAAAUCAAGGGAUGUAGCAAGGAGGGAUGAAGCAAGGAGGGACGAAGCAAGGGGGGACGAAGCAAGGAGGGACGAAGCAAGGGGGGACGAAGCAAGGAGGGAUGAAGCAAGGAGGGAUGAAGCAAGGAGGGAUGAAGCAAGGGGGGAUGAAGCAAGGAGGGAUGAAGCUAGGAGGGAUGAAGCAAGGAGGGAUGAAGCAAGGGGGGAUGAAGCAAGGAGGGAUGAAGCAAGGAGGGAUGAAGCAAGGAGGGAUGAAGCAAGGAGGGAUGAAGCAAGGAGGGAUGAAGCAAGGAGGGAUGAAGCAAGGAGGGAUGAAGCAAGGAGGGAUGAAGCAAGGAGGGAUGAAGCAAGGAGGGAUGAAGCAAGGAGGGAUGAAGCAAGGGGGGAUGAAGCAAGGAGGGACGAAGCAAGGGGGGACGAAGCAAGGAGGGAUGAAGCAAGGAGGGAUGAAGCAAGGAGGGAUGAAGCAAGGAGGGAUGAAGCAAGGGGGGAUGAAUCAAGGAGGGAUGAAGCUAGGAGGGAUGAAGCAAGGAGGGAUGAAGCAAGGGGGGAUGAAGCAAGGAGGGAUGAAGCAAGGAGGGAUGAAGCAAGGAGGGACGAAGCAAGGAGGGAUGAAGCAAGGAGGGAUGAAGCAAGGAGGGAUGAAGCAAGGAGGGAUGAAGCAAGGAGGGAUGAAGCAAGGAGGGAUGAAGCAAGGAGGGAUGAAGCAAGGAGGGAUGAAGCAAGGAGGGAUGAAGCAAGGAGGGAUGAAGCAAGGAGGGAUGAAGCAAGGAGGGAUGAAGCAAGGAGGGAUGAAGCAAGGAGGGAUGAAGCAAGGAGGGAUGAAGCAAGGAGGGAUGAAGCAAGGAGGGAUGAAGCAAGGAGGGACGAAGCAAGGGGGAUGAAGCAAGGAGGGAUGAAGCAAGGAGGGAUGAAGCAAGGAGGGAUGAAGCAAGGAGGGAUGAAGCAAGGGGGGAUGAAGCAAGGAGGGAUGAAGCUAGGAGGGAUGAAGCAAGGAGGGAUGAAGCAAGGAGGGAUGAAGCAAGGAGGGAUGAAGCAAGGAGGGAUGAAGCAAGGAGGGAUGAAGCAAGGAGGGAUGAAGCAAGGAGGGAUGAAGCAAGGAGGGAUGAAGCAAGGAGGGAUGAAGCAAGGAGGGAUGAAGCAAGGAGGGAUGAAGCAAGGAGGGAUGAAGCAAGGAGGGAUGAAGCAAGGAGGGAUGAAGCAAGGAGGGAUGAAGCAAGGAGGGAUGAAGCAAGGAGGGAUGAAGCAAGGAGGGAUGAAGCAAGGAGGGAUGAAGCAAGGAGGGAUGAAGCAAGGAGGGAUGAAGCAAGGAGGGAUGAAGCAAGGAGGGAUGAAGCAAGGAGGGAUGAAGCAAGGAGGGAUGAAGCAAGGAGGGAUGAAGCAAGGAGGGAUGAAGCAAGGAGGGAUGAAGCAAGGAGGGAUGAAGCAAGGAGGGAUGAAGCAAGGAGGGAUGAAGCAAGGAGGGAUGAAGCAAGGAGGGAUGAAGCAAGGAGGGAUGAAGCAAGGAGGGAUGAAGCAAGGAGGGAUGAAGCAAGGAGGGAUGAAGCAAGGAGGGAUGAAGCAAGGAGGGAUGAAGCAAGGAGGGAUGAAGCAAGGAGGGAUGAAGCAAGGAGGGAUGAAGCAAGGAGGGAUGAAGCAAGGAGGGAUGAAGCAAGGAGGGAUGAAGCAAGGAGGGAUGAAGCAAGGAGGGAUGAAGCAAGGAGGGACUGAAGCAAGGAGGGAUGAAGCAAGGAGGGAUGAAGCAAGGAGGGAUGAAGCAAGGAGGGACGAAGCAAGGGGGGAUGAAGCAAGGAGGGACGAAGCAAGGAGGGAUGAAGCAAGGAGGGAUGAAGCAAGGAGGGAUGAAGCAAGGAGGGAUGAAGCAAGGAGGGAUGAAGCAAGGAGGGAUGAAGCAAGGAGGGAUGAAGCAAGGAGGGAUGAAGCAAGGAGGGAUGAAGCAAGGGGGAUGAAGCAAGGAGGGACGAAGCAAGGGGGAUGA